UUAUUGAAAAUAUCGUUACACUAAAUAACUUGAGUAGUGAAGUCUACAUUUUUAGCUGAAGUUUUAAUUAAUUAAGUGAAAAUUUACCAUAGUGGUGUUAGCAUCAUAAAUCAUAUCAAUAUAAUAAAAUAUAGAACGAAUCUAUAUCAUCAUCCACUUGAAAAGAAGACUGAAAGAAGACCAGCAAGUUACCCUAAAAAGAGAACACAGGAGUCAUUCGGAAGAAAAAUCAGAAAGUAUUUACACACUUGUUUUAAUAGAUUAUGAUUAAAUUAUUUAUUUUUUUAAUAGAUUAAGAUUAAAUUAUUUAUUUUCUUUAGUAAGAUUGAAUUUUAAGAAAUUAUGCCUAGAUUAAAUAAAAGAUCUGUUGUACAAAGUCGACUUGAAAAUAGAAGACGUAUGCAGAUUCUUCGGGCUAACUCAUUAUAUAGAGCUAGUGAGCAAUCACAUAAUACUCAAAGCCAGGCUAAUCGCAGAUUAGAUCCAGAAGUCCGCCUGUCAGAACAAAGUACCAAUACAGUUCAACAUAGGACAAGGCGACAAAAUCAAGAGGUUCGGUCUGCUGAGCAAAGUAUAAAUACUGUUCAGCAUAGGUCUCGGCGGGAAAAUCCCGAAAUAAGGUCAGCUGAACAAAUCAUAGAUACCAAUCAGCAUAGAACCCGGCGACAAAAUCCUCAAUUUCGCUCUGAAGAGCAAAGUAGGAAUACCCGAGAACAUAGGUCCCGCCGGGAGAACCCAAAUCUUCGGUCUGCUGAGCAAAGUAUAAAUACUGUUCAGCAUAGGUCUCGGCGGGAAAACCCAGAGCUUAGGUCUGCUGAGCAAAGUAUAAAUACUGUUCAGCAUAGGUCUCGGCGGGAAAACCCAGAGCUUAGGUCUGCUGAGCAAAGUAUAAAUACUGUUCAGCAUAGGUCUCGGCGGGAAAAUCCCGAAAUAAGGUUAGCUGAACAAAUCGUAGAUACCAAUCAGCAUAGAACCCGGCGACAAAAUCCUCAAUUUCGCUCUGAAGAGCAAAGUAGGAAUACCCAAGAACAUAGAAUUCGACGCCAAAACCCUAUUAUUCGGUCAAAUGAGCAGUCUCAUAAUACCGUAGUACACCGAGAACUUAGAAGAAAUCCUAACUAUAGACAUUUAGAGCGCAUACGUGAUCAGAUACAAAGAGAACGUUCAAGAAGAAAUCCUGAAACAAGGAGAGAGGAACGUUAUAGAGAAACGCAACGACGACAGCUUAUCAGGAGGGGUGCAAGGGAACAAAUUUUAAAUCAGAGACGUCAACAACAAAACCUGGUCCGUAUUCAUAGAGAAAACUUAACAAAUAGAAUAGUGCAAGACAGUGAUCAUGAAGAAGAAGAGAGGGAAGAUAAUAACGUACCAGAUAUUGGGGUACCCAUUGCACUUAGAGACGGCAGCGGUUUUGUUAAAAAGCGUACCAAACCAAUUAUUAUUCGGUACAGAAGGUUUAGUCCUGAUGUGACCAAAGUUGAGUAUUUCCGCGAAAUGGUUUAUUCGGAAUAUAUUGUCGAAACGAACACCUACCGCGAAAUGCUUCCAGCUUUUCGUGAAUUGUAA